AUGUUGCAAGUGUCAUUGCCUUUGUUUUAUGGUUGUCAUAGAGAAUAUGAUACUUGGGAAAAGAGCAUAGAGAAUUUGUUUGUGUUGCUUAACAUAGAGAAAGAGAGUGAGAAAAUAGCCUUAGCUAUAGAUUGUUUUCGUUCUAAUGCUUUGAAUUGGUGGAAGCUAGUUUCAAAUAUCUAUUCGCAUUAUUGGUAUCGUAAUUUGGAUGAUUGGCAUGAUUUGAGAAGUGCUUUGCGAGAAAGAUACGCUGGUACUAACACCUUUGAUGAAGCAAAAGUGAAGUUGCUCAAUUGUAAGCAGAAUGGUAGAUCCAUUCAAUCUUACUUUGAGGAAUUAGAAGGGUUGUUUCUGAGUUCAGAAGUGGAUGAGAACGACUACAUGUUGACAGACCGUUUCCACUAUGGCUUGGACAAGUGUUUCAAACAACACCCAAAGAUAAGGAGACAAUCAAGGCUCUAUGAGGCAUACUACGCUGCCUUAGAAGUGGAAAGAGAGCAUGAUACUUCUUGUGGUUGGAAUGGUCCAAUUGAGGAUCAGGGGCCAAUCAAGGAAGAAAGGAUGGAUCUUGACUACCUAUGUGAUAGGGAGUUGGUUCAAAAGAGCUAUGAUCAAGGCGAAGAGAAUGUCAUUAACUUUGGGGUUCAAACCAAAGGAGAUGAAGACCUCAUAGAAAUAAGUGCUGAAGAGUAUCAAGAGAGUUUGACUCUGGAGUAUGAUGGAGACCAUCUAGCUAACACUAAUGAAGAGGGACAUGUUGCUGCCAAUAAUGGAGAAGACGAGCAAGUUGAGGUCGUGAAUGCUAAUGGAGGAUCUAAAGAUGCUGCUUUAAAGAAUAAUCCUUACAUUCGUGAUCCACUUUCAAACAUUGUUGGACCAAUGACUCGUGCUAGACGCAAGAGGAUGAAUGAAUCACUUAAUAGUCUAAUUGUUACUACAUGGGCUAAGGAGAAAAUUAAGCUUGAAGAUUACAAGCCCAAGACUAUUAAUUUGCUGCAAGUAACACCAAAUGGACAUGGCCCAUUUGGAGAGAAGAAUUUCGGCCCUCAAUCCACAAAGGGACCGCCGGCCACCUUUCCUCAUGAGAUUUCAAAAGAGUUGGAAGUGAAGUUGGAAAGAAUCUUCUUGAAGAGGAUGUCAUCUGGAGAUGAUAGUGAACAAAGAGACGACUGUUCUCAAGAUGCUAUGCGAGAAACUCUUGCUAGAUUGUAUAAUGUUACUACUCAACUAUGUAGUAGAAUACAAGAUCUAGAACUAGAGGUUCGCAAUGGUCGUGCUCAAGGUAAUGAAGGUUUGAAUUCGAGGACAAAUUCUCUUAAAGAAGGGGAGUAUGAUGGAGACCAUCUAGCUAACACUAAUGAAGAGGGACAUGUUGCUGCCAAUAAUGGAGAAGACGAGCAAGUUGAGGUCGUGAAUGCUAAUGGAGGAUCUAAAGAUGCUGCUUUAAAGAAUAAUCCUUACAUUCGUGAUCCACUUUCAAACAUUGUUGGACCAAUGACUCGUGCUAGACGCAAGAGGAUGAAUGAAUCACUUAAUAGUCUAAUUGUUACUACAUGGGCUAAGGAGAAAAUUAAGCUUGAAGAUUACAAGCCCAAGACUAUUAAUUUGCUGCAAGUAACACCAAAUGGACAUGGCCCAUUUGGAGAGAAGAAUUUCGGCCCUCAAUCCACAAAGGGACCGCCGGCCACCUUUCCUCAUGAGAUUUCAAAAGAGUUGGAAGUGAAGUUGGAAAGAAUCUUCUUGAAGAGGAUGUCAUCCGGAGAUGAUAGUGAACAAAGAGACGACCGUUCUCAAGAUGCUAUGCGAGAAACUCUUGCUAGAUUGUAUAAUGUUACUACUCAACUAUGUAGUAGAAUACAAGAUCUAGAACUAGAGGUUCGCAAUGGUCGUGCUCAAGGUAAUGAAGGUUUGAAUUCGAGGACAAAUUCUCUUAAAGAAGGGGAGUAUGAUGGAGACCAUCUAGCUAACACUAAUGAAGAGGGACAUGUUGCUGCCAAUAAUGGAGAAGACGAGCAAGUUGAGGUCGUGAAUGCUAAUGGAGGAUCUAAAGAUGCUGCUUUAAAGAAUAAUCCUUACAUUCGUGAUCCACUUUCAAACAUUGUUGGACCAAUGACUCGUGCUAGACGCAAGAGGAUGAAUGAAUCACUUAAUAGUCUAAUUGUUACUACAUGGGCUAAGGAGAAAAUUAAGCUUGAAGAUUACAAGCCCAAGACUAUUAAUUUGCUGCAAGUAACACCAAAUGGACAUGGCCCAUUUGGAGAGAAGAAUUUCGGCCCUCAAUCCACAAAGGGACCGCCGGCCACCUUUCCUCAUGAGAUUUCAAAAGAGUUGGAAGUGAAGUUGGAAAGAAUCUUCUUGAAGAGGAUGUCAUCUGGAGAUGAUAGUGAACAAAGAGACGACCGUUCUCAAGAUGCUAUGCGAGAAACUCUUGCUAGAUUGUAUAAUGUUACUACUCAACUAUGUAGUAGAAUACAAGAUCUAGAACUAGAGGUUCGCAAUGGUCGUGCUCAAGGUAAUGAAGGUUUGAAUUCGAGGACAAAUUCUCUUAAAGAAGGGGAGUAUGAUGGAGACCAUCUAGCUAACACUAAUGAAGAGGGACAUGUUGCUGCCAAUAAUGGAGAAGACGAGCAAGUUGAGGUCGUGAAUGCUAAUGGAGGAUCUAAAGAUGCUGCUUUAAAGAAUAAUCCUUACAUUCGUGAUCCACUUUCAAACAUUGUUGGACCAAUGACUCGUGCUAGACGCAAGAGGAUGAAUGAAUCACUUAAUAGUCUAAUUGUUACUACAUGGGCUAAGGAGAAAAUUAAGCUUGAAGAUUACAAGCCCAAGACUAUUAAUUUGCUGCAAGUAACACCAAAUGGACAUGGCCCAUUUGGAGAGAAGAAUUUCGGCCCUCAAUCCACAAAGGGACCGCCGGCCACCUUUCCUCAUGAACGGAGGAGGUAUUUGUCACCCCAAUUUGAUUUCAGAAAGUGCAAGCAUAAAAGGCUUCAGGCAACUAAGGCAGAAAUUCAGUUUAGACCAAAGUCACAUUCAAUUGACAAUUCUGUUUUAGGGAUGUUAAGUCAUGCCGCCGGCCAGAAGAAAGAGAGGGGAAUCGGUGAAGACGGUGCAGCUUUUGCCUACAUCAAGCGCCAUGGAUGGGAGACGUUCUCUAAGCCCCUUAUUCAGCCCAGGACUCAGAUUGUGCAAGAAUUUUAUGGCAAUUUCUCCACCGCCCCCAGAGAUGGAGUGUUUGUCUGGGGGAUAUCCGUCAACUGCAGCACAAAGGCUCUUAGGGCAAUCUGGAUAUUGCCAAGAGUCAGUCAAGAUUACAGAGACACCCUUGCUGCCCUGCAUCCGAAUCAGCCAGUGGAACAAGCUGUUCUUUCUAGAUUGGCAAAGGAAGGUGCAGACUGGGAAAGGGAUGAUCAGGACAAUCCCUUAGGAUUCCCAGCUAAUGCAUUGCAGAUGCCUGAUCUGAACUUAUGGCAUCAUUUCAUCUGCUGCAACCUGAUGCCGACAUCCUACACUGCCAAGAUUACCUAUGAACAGGCUCUGCUGCUGUAUGCCAUUGUCACAGACACACCGUUUGAUGCAGCAUUAGUGAUCAGGGAUCAGCUUACCAGAUGUAUCACGGAUCCCAAGGUAAAGAGCUGGUACUUCCCAGUUAUGAUCACCAUGCUUUGCAGAAGGGCAGAGGUGACCUUUUUGAGCACAGACAUUGAGAGCAGCCUACAACAACCUUUAAGGCUGUCUAAAUUGGAUCAGAGACCCCCAGGUGCAUCUUCUUUAGGUCGAGCAGCAUUUGCACCAACUCCGGCUGGACAGUUGAGGCAAAGAGACUUCAACAAGCAGACUCGGUUCAUCCUGGAUUAUGUCCACCGAUGCCAGACGAGGACUGAUGAGAAUCAUAUAGCCUUCCAUGGAGGUUCUCCUAGUGAGGGGAAUGAGUUAAUCCUUCAUUCUAGAUUUGGAAUGCCAAGUUUACUUUGCAGGCCAAUCAAGGAAGAAAGGAUGGAUCUUGACUACCUAUGUGAUAGGGAGUUGGUUCAAGAGAGCUAUGAUCAAGGUGAUGAGAAUGUCAUUAACUUUGGGGUGCAAACCAAAGGAGAUGAAGACCUCAUGGAAAUAAGUGCUGAAGAGUAUCAAGAGAGUUUGACUCUGUGUGCUCCAUGA